AUGGAUAUCGACGAGUUGCCGGAUCUCGUUUUGGAGAUAGUCUUCUCAUAUUUAAAUCAAUAUGGCGAUUUGGAAAAUGUCCGAUUGGUUAGUCGUCGAUGGCAUCGCGUUGCAUAUACUAUCAUUAAUAUUUUAAAGAAAUCUUUUCUCAGAUGCAAUCAGCUGAUUUGGGAGCUGCAUGCACUAGAAAAGGAAGAGGAUGGUGCAAUCGCAAAGCGUUGUUCACAUUCAGGUUGUUAUCAUGAUGGCACCAAAAAAGUAUAUAUAUUUGGUGGAUGCACCGAUAAUUAUACUGCCUUCAACGAUCUUUGGAGUUUUGAUCUGAGGUCCCGCAGUUGGUGCCGAGAAUUUAUUAAGUGUUCUCCAUUCCCUCGACCGAAGGCAAUGUCCAUUUUUGUGCCUUACAAGGAGUAUUUGAUCCUUCAUGGUGGAUUCGCAAAGUCCUCCCCUAACCCAAUCCAUCAAGCAGCAAAUUUUUUUAGUGAGAUGCAUUUGUACGAUACUACAACGAAUGAGUGGAUUGAGGUCGAGACGGAACCUCCACCACCUGUGAUUGCAAGUCACUGUGCAUGUGUGGUAGAUGAUUCACUGAUCAUUUUUGGUGGUUCUCAGAAUAGCCGUACUACAAAUGCUGUCUAUGUUUUGGAUAUUACCAGUAAAAUUUGGCACGUACCAUCAUUUGUUGAGAAUCACAAAGACCGAAGUUAUGGAAAAUUAGACGCGUUGUCAAGUGAACCAUUCUUGUUGAAAAGUCCACGGCCGAACCCCCGUUAUGGUAGCUCAUGUGUGGUAAUUGACAAAUCGCACCUGCUGGUGGUAGGUGGUUGUGGUGGUCCAAAUUGUAUUUAUAAUGAUGCUUGGCUCCUUACGUUCGACUUGACGCUGCAAAA